UCGCAUCCACACGGACGGCCGCGCUUCGCUCGCCGUCGCGCCGUCGUCGAGCUGUGCCGCGCGCCGCGGGUGUUGUUUUUGUUGUUGUUGCUCUCGUUGGUGCAUCGCCCAGUGCCGCGUGGGUGCGGAAGUGAGUGUGUGGUCCUGGUGGCCAUGGUGUGGUGAGAUCGUCUGUGAGACUGUCGUCCGGGUUAUCAUCCACCGGUUAUCUCGAGCGUUGCGGUUGCCGCCGCGCCCGGCAUGCCGCGGCAGGAGGCGUAGCAGCCGAGUAGCGCAGUGUCGCCAUGGGAUGAGCGCUGUGCAGCCGCGACCGCGACUCCGCCAUGCCCACCGCCACCGCCAACAUGAAGAUGCUCUCCAUCGCCAUACCGCGGCCCAGCAAGGCGCUGGACGACGCGUCCUGGUCGUCGACGUCGCCCUCGGAGAGCCCGCUGUCCACGUCGGCGUCCACGACGAAAGCCAUGUCGGGGCCCAAGUCGGCACCCGCGCUGGCCAGGAAGGAGUCACCGUGGACGUUCACCCGCGAGUCGAGCUACAGGGCGAGCAUGUCGUCCAGCUGGGUGGUGCGGCGCCGUCAGAGCGCGCAGGAGACGAGCUCCAGACGCCGCGCCCCCGGGCCGCCGACGGUGGCGCCGUCCGUGUCGACGCCGACGCUAGUGCCGCUGCCGUCGCCGGCCACCUCCAAGGCGCGCCACAAGAAGUUCCACCGCCACUUCGACAGCGUGGCCGCCGACGAGCGCGUCCUCAACUACUACUCCUGCGCCCUCAUCAGCGACAUCCUGCUGCAGGGACACCUCUACAUUACCAGUAACUACUUCGCCUUCUACUCCAACGUGUUCGGCUACGUCACCAAGGUGUUGAUCCCCACGGCGUCCGUGCUCAAGGUGUCCAAGGAGAAGACCGCGCGCAUCAUCCCCAACGCCGUGGGCGUGGCCACCUCGGACGAGAAGCACGUGUUCGGGUCGCUGCUGUCGCGCGACAACACGUACAAGCUCAUGGUGCAGGUGUGGAAGACGGCGCUCGGCUCCAGCGGCCACCCGCCCUCGCUGUCGCCGCAGCCCGCAGCCCGCGCCCUGCCCGUCGCCAAGGACCUCAAGGACGAGGCGGACUCCGCCAGCGCCAGCGGGGACGUGCUGCAGGAGGACGACGACUCCAGCCUUUCCGGCGACGCCGGUCUGCCGCCCGUGCCGCUCGACAAGAUCCCCAUCGUGGCUGCCACACUGCCCGUGGCGAGGAGCGCGUCGGCGGUGAGCGCCCUGGCCGUGGUGCCCGGGGCGAGCGCCACACACACUCUCUCGCACGCCGCCGCAGGGCCCAGCUCCAGACCCAGCGCCAGGCCCAGCCUGCACGACGCGCACUGGGGCCGGUCUCCCCGACAGACGUUCGUCCUCUCCGUGUCCGCUGUGCUGGUCGCCUUCCUGCUCGUGUCCACGGCGUUCCUGUACUACCGCAUGUCUCGCAUCCAGGACCAGUUCAGAAUAAACUCUGGGGACAACUUAUACCAAGACUUAGCACGCUGGCAAAAUCAUCUCCACACAAGAUCUGCAGGGCAGGUGGAAGAAUUUCUCAACACACAUUUAGACCAAUUAGCAAAGGUACGGAAGUCGUUAGAAGCAUUAACUAUGCUUAUAGUCAGUAAUGAUGAAGAUCGAAUGCAACAAGCAGAUAGCAUCAUUCAUCAACAUCAUUCAUCAUACCAAGACCAAAAACAUUCAAGGCCACCAUCAUUGGGGAAGGAUGCUAAAGAGAGUUAGGGAGAAAUUCCUCUUAAAACAGGAACAAUGUUUUGUGAUAGAGAUUCUCUCAAAAAGUUUCUCCAUUUAGCCUAAGAGAUAGAGGACAAAUUUGAAUGAUGGCACUUUAAGCUUUGAGUCACUGCACUUUCGUAUGAUGAUGUGAUAACGAUACAGAGCGAGGUCGACUUUAUGGCCACAUUUAGUGCUCUGGUGAAAUGGCUGUGUUCUGAAAUGAUAAAUCAUUGAUUGUUGGUGUUAAACACUACAUCCAAGCUAACUUGUGAGAAGAUGAAGAAGGAUUCUAAAAGCUGUAGAGUGUUUGACAAUCCAGUCCCACCAAGUUUUUAUGUCUUUACAAAGUCCUUGCUUUAAUCAUUAAAGAAGUUAUGUUACUCGAUUUUCGAAGAUAAACAUAUUCAAUGAUUUGCUGUUUUUAACUGUAAAAUAUUUAUUAACUAAAUUAUGUGUCUUAUAAAAAAGAUAAACGGUAAAAGAAACUUUUCUUUCACAUCUGUAGCUUAGCAUAUCAAAGUUGACAGUGCUCUUAAAUUAAUUUGAAUUGUAUUAUCUGAAUUUUAUUGAAAUCAUUAAUUAUGAAAGGAAGUGCCAUUGGUAGUGACUGAUAGGUGCCGCACCUAAUAGGAAACAAGAUUUAAUUGUUGUUAUUGUUAUGUUGUUUGAAGGGUCUGUUUACUCUUGCUCAAUGAUGUGGUGGAUCCGCCUACCUUCUUUAAGUUUGAAGUGUUUCAAAUUUAUUGAAUGUUACAUCCCAUUAGAAACACAAUUGUUUUGUUCUGCUAAGAAUUGGUCAUUUGUGGGUUCGAGUGGUUUCUGGUGCCCAUGAAUUAUUUGUGUGUCAUUCUGUUCCUAGUCAUGAAUUUCAGGUUUCCUUCUGCUUUGUGUGUGUGCAUUCCUACACUACUUUUUAAGUAAACAAAUGGCCUCGCAGGCCAUACUACAAUAGAGAUGGAAUUAAUGAGCGAAAAGCUUUGAAACUACAAUUUGCUUUAGUACUUAGAAAGUCUCAACUGUUUGGUCAGCAUGGUUUCAGCAUGUACAUUGCUGAGUCAUCAGUAAGAUUUAUGUCCUUUUAAUGACUAAAUGAAACCACUUCAAUGAUUUAAGAACAUGCAAUUGACUUCCUAAAACAAGGCAAUAAGAAUAAAUUGAAGCCUUUUAAAACAUCACGUUUUAAAAUUGAAUUCAUUUUAUUUGUGGAAGUAAAAUGGCCAUGUUAGUUUGGUAGGUUUCAAAGGUAACUAACAGGAUUUGGAUGACCAUUGUGGUCGUGUUACUGCAUUUAGAAGUCUGCUUCAGGAAAUAGUUUCUAUUUCUGCUCAUGCAUGAACUGACUGCUCACAGACUAACAUUCUCUAUGUGCCACUUCAAAAGGCGGGAACCGAUCCAGCAGAGGCAGUGACAAACUGACUUGACUCGGUAGUUGUGAUAAGGAUGAUUCAAUUUGACGAGUCAUUUUAAGGUAUUUUAGAAGAUGUGAUUAGUUGAGGUAUUCUUGCCUACCUUCAAUAGUAAUAAUGCUAGGCCUUUAAUUGUUUCUGUAGAAUUUGCCUCAGAGAAGCAUGUUCUGUGUAUGUGAUAUAUGUUAUUAAAUUGAUUGUUGGUGUUUCUCCUUAUGUUUUAAGUUUACUCUCAUUGCCUAGAUCAGUGUUUCUAUCAUUCUUUCUAUCGUUGUUAUUGGUUUGUCCAGUAUGUUAUGUUCUUUAUGUUCUUAGUAUUUUUCUACAAUAAAUCUAGUUGUUGGUUUUCUACAAUGGUGAUCGCAAGAAUAUUGGAGUAGCUGUGGUAAUUGCUCAUGUUUAGUUGUUUUUUCUAGUCUGAUUGGAGAUAUUGCUUGAAUUACCCAAGUGGGAAGAAAAUUAACAAAACCCCAACGCAAUACAAAGGUUAUGUUGAAUAAAUAAAUAGCAUAUCACAUUCAAUAA